GGCCGGGGCGGACGCGGGAAACAAACAGACCGGACGUGAAAUCGCACCGAAACCACGUCAAAAUCACCCCCGUUCUCCGCCUAAAUUUAGCGAGGAGCCUAGCACCCCUAGCACCGACCCAACUCUCCUCUCGCCGCGCUCUCUCCGAGAAAAUAGCAAAGCGCGAAGAGGGCCACGGCCCCCGCGGUAAUAUCUACCACCGCACACGCGUCCGCCCACGGGCACUGGCCGUUGCUGGCUUGGCUUCCCUCUCCUCUCCUUGCCUUGCCUCCCAUUUCGGUUUCCUCGGCCACGGCCAUGGCCUCUUCGGUGGCCGCCAUGCCCCACGAGUCCGCCUCAUGGAGGGACCCCUCCAGGCCCACCCCCACCAGGGGCUUCUUCAACAUCCUCAUCCCGCAGCCGCAGCCAUCCUCCUUCUCCGCCGACGCCGGCGCCGCGGGGGCGGUCUCAGUCGCCGCGAGCGAGCCCACCCCGAGGCGGCGGCGCCAAAUCCUCGAGCGGUGGGCGGCCGCGGCCGCGGCCGUCACGGCGUCCGCGGCGCCGGCGCCCGCCGACCAGCGCAGGAGCGCGAGGGAGGCCGAGCUGUCCGCGCUCGCCUCCGCCACGCGCCCCGUCGCGGCGCGCGCAGCCGUGUUCCGGGAGCCGUCCCCGGCCCCGUCCGACGCCUCGUCGACCGCGCCCGAGCUGCCCCCGGCCGGGCCGCGCGCGUCGUCGCUCAUCCAGCGGUGGCGCGAGAUCGAGGCCGUGGGGCCCGCCACGCCGCGCACCUGCGACCCGGCCUCCGACUCCGACGGUGGCUCCCCGCGCGGCCGCGUCGGGUGCAUCGUCAAGAAGCUGAGCGGGGCUUCGUCGCUCCCCGAGGACGAGCUGGACGACGCGGCCAAGGCGGAGCUCUCGCUCUCGCAGUCCGCGCCCCCGUCUCCCGCGCCGAUGAGCGACCCGGGGACGAUCAAGGGCCGCCACCCGCGGCAGCUCGUCGUCCGGACCGUCCGCGGCCGCCGCGCGAUGGAAGAGCUGGUUUCCAAGAUGGCUCACCGCCGGAGGCGCGAGGUCGCCGCACUCGCCGAGAGACACGCCGUGUCCCGGUUCGCGCACAAAGGCAGGAUCCAGUCCAUGCUUCGUCUGAGGCUAUUACGCCAGGGAGGUACAGUUGACGAUGAAGUCUGGACUCCACUAAGACCAGUCAGGCCACACCAACAUAAACAUGAGGAUAAUACCGUGAGGAAUGAUAGUGCGAACACAGACUUGGGAGAAGCAAACAAUUGCAGUCAGAAAAAUAAUGGGCCUGAUGAAAAACAUAUUGAUGAUAGAGUUCCAGCUGAGGAAAAGAUUAUUGGUGUCUCUGUUGAGAACCUUGUUAACUCUGAUGGUUCUGGAAAUCUACAGUGUGAUGAGCAUAUGAAGACCAAAGGGAAUCCAAGUCCGAAAGAUUGUGCGAACUUUUGUGUUCGUGGGCAGAAAUAUUCUGAACCAUCAAGCUUUGCAAGGUAUGGUGAGCAUAGUACCGUUGAUGACAAUCAAUAUGUGGAAGAUAUCUCCCCAAGCACCACUAGCACAUUGCAUGAACUACAAACUCCAUCAUCAAGAGGUGAUAAUCUACGAGAAGAAGACAAUCAAAGCCUCAAUGGUUCCUGGGAAGAGAGAGGAUUGUGGAUAAGCAGUCUUGGUUGGCCUGCACCAAUAGAUUCCAUGAGUCCGGAUAGCUGGCAUCAGGAUGCAAUGGAGGAUAUUGAGAAUCAUAAUCAGAUUCAUUUUAAUGAUCGCCCAUGGAUAGACUCCCCCAACUCGUGGAGAUCACUAUCUGUUGCCACACAAUCAGACUGCCGUGCUUUGUCCUGCAAUGCUGACAUUUGCAAUCUUCUUGAUAGCAAGAAGGUAUCAAAGUCUCUCGAGAGUGACUUCAGUAACAAAAUGAAUCAACUCCUGCUAACAGUCCUGCACAAACAAAGACAACAACGGAUGAUGGAUGAUUUUGGAGGAUACUAUGAUGAACUCAUGUACUGGAGACAGAAUGAGGAAAUCCAGAAUGCUGAUCAGGUGGUAUCUGCAACGUGUUCAUUAGCUCCUGUCUCACAUCCUGCAGCCCGUCAACAGGAGAGUUGGCAGCAUUCUUCAUUUGGAAGUCAACAUCAUGAAAACCAAAACUUACUUGAAAUGGAGGUCAGGGUAAGGGGUGAAAUGUCCCAGAUUCAUCAUGAAAUAUAUGAACUACGGAAGUUGGUGGAAAGUUGUAUUGCAUCCCAAAUAAAGAUCCAGCACUCCAUUAAAGAUGAGGUGUGCAGUGCACUUCGUGAGGCAGGGUUGAUGCCAAGCCAACCCAACACAACAGGAAAAAGGGGCACUUGCUGCAUCUGCCAUCGAAUGCAAGUUGACUCUCUACUUUACAGGUGUGGGCAUAUGUGCACCUGUUUCUACUGCGCCGAUCAGCUGAAAUCGAGCAGCAGGAGUUGUCCAAUCUGCCAAUCUCCUAUCGAGGAUGUUGUUCGGGCGCGGCUGAAUUUUUGAGUUCUAGGAUUUAGGAAAGAAAAAGAAAAGGAGCCGGCACUCCCAGCUUUAGGUGUGGAGUUUGUGAAGCCCUGGUUUUGAGGAGGCUUCUUACCUUUUGUUAACCGCCACAAAGCAUACGAGCUAGUUCUUCGAGAAAUGUAAAUAUGUUUUCUUGCGAAAGAGCAGUGUGCGUGUCUAUUGCUGCCCGAAAGGAAAACAGAGUUCUAAUCAAAAUGCUGGUCUUGUUUCUGAUGA